CGUCCAACUGGCCCUUCCCAGAAUUCUUUCACCUCCUUCCCCUUUACCACCUUGUCAAAUGCUUUGUGGGCUCCACCCCUCAAAUCCAACAUGAUUUUCAUGGGGUGAUCAUGGUUGUGAUUGUUGUAUUAUAUGCAAAUCUUCUUCCCUCCACCCUCCUCAUCAUUGAUCCUCUCCAGUGCUUCAUCAUCUUCAUUAAACAACUGAAAUUUUCCAGAGCAAAAGGCAGUGUGAAAUCUCUCCAGCGUUUCAGCUCCUUUCCUCUUGAUUUUGUUUCUAACAAUAAUAUCGUCUCAGUUUAAGCUUUUCUUGUUGCAACCAUAAAAUUUUAGUGCUUGCAUUUAUAAUAGUAAUACGUGAGCUACACUGUCAUGGGACUAAGAGAAUUAUUGAAAUGCAGAACCCUGUCAUCAAUGAACUUCUCUGGGUUGUUAUCCCCAAAAGUUGGUCUGCUCAGGACCCUUACUGUACUAAUAAGUAUUGCUUUGCGAGGGAAUGGCAUAACAGGUGAGAUACCUGAAGAGUUUGGGAAUUUGACGAGUUUGAAUAAUUUGGACCUUGAAAAUAAUCGGUUGACUGGUCAGAUACCGGCUUCUCUCGGGAAUCUUAAGAAACUUCACUUCUUGUCUCUGAGUGAAAAUAAUCUCAGUGGAAGCAUUCCAGAUUCACUUUCAACUCUUCCCAACUUGAUCAAUUUGCAGCCGGACUCAAACAAUCUUGGAGGGCAGAUUCCCCCAGCCUUAUUCCAAGUUUCCAAAUACAAUUUUACUGGAAACAAGUUGAAUUGUGGAAUAAAUUUACCCCAUCCUUGUGCAUCUGAUAGCGGCAACUCUGGUUCUUCUCGUAUGUCAAAGGUCGGAAUUAUUAUUGGUGUUGUUGGCGGACUUGUUCUUCUCCUCCUUUGUGGCAUGCUUGUUUUCCUAUAUAAGGGCAGACGGAAGGGCUAUAGAAGAGAAGUGUUUGUGGAUGUAGCAGGUGAAGAGGAUGGGAGAAUGGCAUUUGGUCAGUUGAAGAGAUUUGCAUGGAGGGAACUGCAAAUAGCUACAGAUAACUUCAGUGAGAAGAGUGUUCUGGGUCAGGGAGGUUUCUGGAAGGUCUACAAGGGGGUGCUUGCUGAUGGCACUAAAAUAGCCGUGAAACGGUUGACUGAUUUUGAAAGUCCUGGUGGAGAUGCGGCUUUUCAGUGUGAGGUUGAGAUGACAAGUGUUGCAGUCCAUAAGAAUCUCUUGAGGCUGAUUGGAUUUUGCACCACUCCCACUGAACGGCUCCUUGUCCAUCCCUUCAUGCAGAAUUUAAGUGUCGCCUAUCGGCUCCGAGAGGUCAAACCUGGGGAGCCUGUUUUAGACUGGCCUACGAGAAAAAAAGUUGCCUUGGGAGCAGCACGUGGCCUGGAAUACCUACAUGAGCACUGCAACCCUAAAAUCAUUCAUCGGGAUGUGAAAGCGGCGAACGUCCUGCUUGAUGAAGAUUUCGAGGCUGUAAUUGGGGGCUUUGGGCUGGCGAAAUUGGUUGAUGUCAGGAGGACCAAUGUAAAAACUCAAGUUCGAGGGACGAUGGGGCACAUUGCGCCUGAGUAUUUGUCCACCGGGAAGUCCUCAGAGAGGACGGAUGUUUUUGGUUAUGGGAUCAUGCUUCUGGAGCUUGUUACUGGUCAACGCGCAAUUGAUUUUUCACGCUUGGAAGAGGAGGAUGAUGCCUUAUUGCUCGAUCGUGUCAAGAAGCUUGAAAGGGAGAAGAAGCUUGAUGCAAUAGUGGACCGAAACCUGAACAAGAAUUACAACAUGCAAGAAGUAGAGAUGAUGAUCAAAGUGGCUCUUCUCUGCACCCAGGCUUCGCCUGAGGAACGGCCCCCGAUGUCUGAGGUCGUGAGGAUGUUGGAAGGGGAGGGACUGGCUGAGCGGUGGGAGGAGUGGCAGCACAUCGAAGUGACUCAGAGGCAGGAAUACGAGCGGUUGCAGAGAAGGUUCGACGGGGGAAAAGAUUCCGUGUACAAUCAGGAUGUGAUCGAGUUGUCAGGUGGAAGAUGAACGUUUCUUACUUCCUUUUUUUCCCUGAAAUAUUUUGGGACCUCAUGUUUGCAAGGUUGUAGCUUCAUCUGUAGAUGCUCUUGCGAGGUUCGAGUAUCUUGUUUUCGGGUACUUAUGUUUGUGAUUGGGACCUGGAAUGGUUGGGUUAUAUAUAAUAUUGAUGUUGUAAAUUGA